AUGAAAAGAGCUGCGAGGAAGAGAAGCCUCGUGCUCAAGAACUCGUCUGGAGAAAAUGUACUUGGUGAAGAUACAACAGGAACAGCUGUUGUUGUUCCUGAACAAGUGCAUCAAAUGAUUGACGAAGAACAAGAAGAUCCCUUAGCUCUAGCUCUCGGGAACGACAAGAAUGUCGACUUGACUCCUGCGGAAGAGCUAGAUGUCUGGCGAGACAUCUUUGCUGCGAGAGCAAGAGAAGCGAUUGGAAAGAAGCGAGCUGAGAAAAUUCAAGAACAGGCUGCUGCUGCUGCUGCUGCUGCUGCAGGUGUUUCGUCUCCAUGCAAUGGAGGCACAACAUCAAAAAAUCCGUCCUCCCCAAGAACGAGUUUCAGCACGCCUAUGGGAGACAUGCCAGUAGUGACAUGCUCAUGUUUUCGAGGUUUCAGCCUGGAGCAGAGCUGCUUUAGGAGCCUUUGGUCCUUCAUCGAGGAACCUCUGGAUGAAGCCAGUGGUUUGCUUGGCGAGGUGUUGAUGGUGGCUUUAGAUUUGUUUAGAGCAGUGGCGGAGGAAGUGGAACAAUAUGGGAGAACAUCUUCAAAAUCAGCACGUGGAGGUGCUAUCGAACAAACAUCGGAUGAUGCCGCUGACGGCAAGGUAGGAGGUGGUAAUUUUUCAGGAGAUAAUGAUGAAGACGACGACGAGGAUGAAAAAGACAACCAGAGUAGCACUACAGUGGGGGAUAGUAAGGUGGCGGAUACUACAACAAGUGGAGCCACCAGUGAUGCCGGUGAACAAACGAACAAGCCUAAAAUUGUUGCUGCUAUGUCUCCUUCAGCUGGACGUGGUGGAACAGGAAAGAGUAAGAAAACCAAUGCCAGCACCUCCAAUGCCAGCACCUCGGUUGGUUGCUCUAAGAAUGACAAAAAGCCAUCCCGCAAUGCCUCUUCUGCCUUGAAUCAUUUCGGCUAUGGCUCAGGCGGUGACCAGUUGCACUACCUUACAAGCGCGGUCAGAACGUCCAUAGGAGUAAAUAAACAAAUGCUGUUGUCCCUGACGCAGGCAGAACAGCAGGAGGAAUUGGC